AUGAUGGGCGGAGCCGCUGGCGCGGCGCGCCGUCGAGGGCUGCGAGGCGAGCCUGGGGCCCGCGCACCCCGACACGCUGAGCUGCCUGGACACGCUGGCCGAGCUGCUAAAGGCCAUGGACCGCGCGGCGGAGGCAGAGGCGUUCCUCCGCAAGGCACUCGACGGCAGGGAGGGCACCCUCGGGCCCGACCACGAGGACACCAUCCGGUCGCUGAACAGCCUCGCUGCCCUCCUGCUCGCCCUCGGCCGGCCUGCAGAGGCCGAGCCCCUGUGCAAGCGCGCCGUCGCGGGCAGCGACGCGCUGCCCCCCGGGCACGCGCAGACGCUGGAGUCCGUCAACAACCUGGCCGUGGUCCUCGACGACCUGGGCAGGCCAGAGGAGGCGGAGGCCCCCGCCCGCAGGGCCUGCGAGCAGCGCGAGGCGAGGCUGGGGCCCGACCACCACGACACGCUCAACUCGUGGAACAACCUCGCGCUGAUCCUGGAGGUGCUCGGGCGGCAGCGGGAGGCGGAGCCGCUCUUCCGCAGGGUGAUGGCCGGACUCGAGAGGACGCUCGGGCCCAGGCACCCGGACACGCUGCAGUCCGUGAACAACUUGGCGCUCCUGUGGCAGGCCACCGGCCAGGUCGGGGAGGCCGAGCAGCUGCUGCGGCUCGCGGUGGAGAGCAGGGAGAACGGCACCCUCGGGCUCAGCCACCCGGACACCCUCCAGUCGGCGAGCAGCCUGGAGGAUCUCCUGCGCUCGACCGGGCGCGGGGAGGAGGCCGACCAGCUGGCGCGCCGUGUGUAUCAGGAUCGCUCGGGCAGGAGACGGAGGAGUACUCCAGGCGAAUGCUUGGGAUGCUGGAAGGAGGGUCGCGCGCGGAGAGGACCAACCCAGACCUGCUCCGGACAUCAGGGACGGUCGCCAACUACGCCACGCUGCUCGUUGCGAAGGGGCGGCUGCAGGAUGCGGAGCUCCUGUAUCGCCGCGCGCUCGAAGAGAAGACCCUGGGACUCUCCCACCCAGACACCCUGAAGACCGUCAAUAACCUCGCGGUGCUGCUCCACGACAUGGACCGACACGGCGACGCGGAGCCGCUAAGCCGCCGUGCCUUCAGCGAGCGGAGCGCGAAGCUGGGGCUCCAGCACGCGGACACGCUGACGUCCUGCUACAACCUGGCCAUGCUCCUCGAGUCCAUGGGCCGCGCGCAGGAGGCCGAGCGGCUCUACAGGCAGGCCGUCGAGGGCCUGGAGGACACCCUGGGCCCCGCGCACCCAGACACUCUGCGGGCCCUCCACAGCCUUGCCGCGCUGCUGCACGGCGCGGGACGCCACCACGAGGCCGAGCCCACGGCGCGCCGCGUGUACGAGGCGCGGGAGGCCACGAUGGGUGCGGCGCACCCCGACGCCCUCCAGGCGCUCGCCACGCUGGCGCAGGUGCUGCGCGGCGCGGGCCAGGGGGUGGAGGCCGAGGCGCUGCUGCGCCGGGCGGCCGAGGGCAGCGAGGCCGCUCUCGGCCCGAGGCACCCGGACACGCUGGCCCGCCAGCACGCGCUUGCGGAGGCGCUGUGCGCCGCUGGCCAAUGCGAGGAGGCCGAGCUGCUCUGCCGGCGCGCGGCGGAGGGGCGCGAGGCGGCCCUGGGUGUCGCGGACUUGGACACGCUGCAGUCCGCGGCGCUGCUCGCCGAGCUGCUGGAGCGCAUGGGGCGGCUCGCGGAGGCGGAGCCGAUCCACAGGCGGGUGCUCACGGGCAGAGAGGAGGCCCUCGGUCACGACCACCCCGACACGAUCCAGUCCCUGGCAGAUCUGUCCGCGGUGCUCGACUCGCUGGGCAGGCCUGGGGAGGCGGAGCCGUUCGCGCGCCUGGCGCUCGAGGGCAAGGAGGCGAGCCUGGGGCCGAAGCACGCGGAGGCGCUGCGGGCGGCCAGCAGCCUGGCCUCCCUGCUCUCCAAGUGCGGGCGCCACGGCGAAGCAGAGCAGCUGUCCCUGCGGGUCGUGCAGGACAGCGAGGCGGUGCUGGGGCGGCGCCACCCGCAGGCCCUGGCCUUCCAGGCGGCCCGCGCGGAUCUCCUGCUGGCGGCCGGGCGCCCGGGAGAGGCGGAGCACCUGUGCGAGCAGGUGCGCGAGCGCCGCGCCCAGGCGCUCGGCCCGGACCACCCCGCCUCCCUGGGCUCCGCGCGACAGCUGGCGGCGCUGCUGCGCGCCACGGGCCGGGCCGCCGAGGGCGAGCAGCUGCUGCGGCACACCCUGGGGAGCAGCGAGGCGGCCCUCGGCCCAGAGCACCUGGACACGCUGGCAUGCGGCUGCGCCCUGGGCGAAGCCCUGGGGCUCGAUGGGCGGUGGGAGGCGGCGGAGCCGCUCCUGCGGCGAGUGCUCGCAGGCAGGGAGGCCGCGCUGGGAAGCUGGCACCCGCAGACGCUCGCGGCCACGCACCGGCUGGCCGCGUGCCUGCUGGGGCUGGGGCGCCAGUCCGAGGCGGCCAAGCUGUUGCGCCGCGCCGCGGAGCGGGCGGAGUGCGCGUUAGGGCCCGAGCACCCGGACACUCUGCUGUAUCGCAAGACCUACGAGGAGAUGAGACUAGCUUGCAGCGUCAUGUGA